GGAUGAGAGACCAGAUGGAACAAAGUUAAAGACCACAGAAGGAGGUUACAGGCAACAAAGAGAUUUAAACGACAAAAAAAGAGAGAAGGGAACUUUCAUCUUCUUUAACCGAUUGUUAUUUUGCGUCCCUUAUUGUCUUCUUCCUUUCUUCCUCAGCUCUUUGGACUUUCUUCCUAGUCCAUAUUUAACUUACGGUUUGGGGGUGUGCUUUUUUUGGUGGUGGUGGUGGAUUAAAAAAAAUUAUAUUGCAAAAAAAAUUCUCAGUGAGCAAUUUAGCAACUUUGAAAAGAGAGGCAAAACCUAGGUGUUUAAAUAUACAAGAUCUCCACUUUAACGAUUAUAUUCGUAUUAAAAGAGAAAAUAGGCUAGACCCCCGCGGUUUGCUUCAGGUUUCUGAAGGGGUUUCCUCCUGUCCUGGCUUGCUCCUGUGCAUUAUUGUGUGGGAAAGAGUGCGUGUAAGUGACGGAAAGAAGAGGGGAGGGAAGCUGUUCUUGAAUCUCGUGGAGAAAAGGAAGGGUGUGUUAGACCUCCUUCCCUCCACAUUUCUUUUUUUUUUUUAAAGCACCUAUUAAUGCACCCUCAGCGUGUGCAAGUACCUGUGACUCUUGUCCUCCGGUCUUUUCCUCCCCUCCCGGGCAGGCUGUGAAGGAGUUGAGGUCUCUUUCCCCCUCCCCGCACUUUCGAAGUGUGUGUGUGUGAGAGUGAGAGAGAGAGACUGUGGUGUUCCCUUUCCGUCUUGGGGUGUCCGUGUUUGCCGGUCCUUGCCUUCUGCACGAAGGGUGCCCGCCCCCCUUUGGAAGGAGGCGAGCUGCCACACCGCGCCUUCUGCCCGCUCUAGGCUCUUCUCCCUGCCUGCCGCUCCUUUUUUCCCCUCUCUUCGCCGCCCCCCCCCCGUCCCCGUUGCUAUGGUGUCGCGGUUCUACGUGCUGCUGUGUGCAGUGGCGGCGGCGCUGCUGAGCCGGUUGGCGGCGGCGGCGGCGCUGGGGCCGGUGGUGCGUUGCGAGCCCUGCGAUUCCCGGGCGCUGGAGCAGUGCAAGCCGCUCGCGCCCGAUUGUCCGGAGCUGGUGCGGGAGCCGGGAUGCGGGUGCUGCCUAACGUGCGCCUUACAGGAAGGGCGGCCCUGCGGCGUGUACACCGAGCGUUGCGGCGCCGGGCUGAGUUGCCGGCCCCGAGGCGACGAGAAGAAACCUCUGCAAGCGCUCCUCGAGGGCAAGGGGCUCUGCGCCAACGUCAGCGGCGGCGCGGCGGUGGCGGGAGGAGGUGGCAGCAGCGGCGGAGCCUCUGCCAGCAGCAAGUUCCGCGAGCUCAUUCUGCGGGGCGCCCGGCGACCAGGGAAUUCCAGUGAUUCAGAUGAAGGGCAGAACUUCAGUAGCACUGAGAAUCAGUCUGGCCCCAGUACGCACCAGCUGUUGUCACAUGCUCACCACAUCAAAAUAGAUAUCAUCAGGAAAGAGCAUGCCAAAAAUACCCAGCGCUACAAAUACGAUUCGCAAAACACAGACACGCUGAAUUUCUCUUCUGAGUCCAAACAGGAGACUGAAUUUGGCCCUUGUCGGAGAGAAAUGGAAGAUAUGUUAAAUAACUUAAAGAUUCUGAAUGUCCUAAGUCCAAGAGGAUUGCAUAUUCCAAACUGUGACAAGAAGGGAUUCUACAAGAAAAAACAGUGUCGUCCAUCCAGAGGCCAAAAGAGAGGCUAUUGCUGGUGCGUUGAUAAAUACGGUCAACCACUCCCUGGAUAUGAUGGAAAGGGAAAAGGAGAUGUUCAUUGCUACAAUUUAGAAAGCAAAUGAGGAAUAUGCAGUGUGCCAUCUUCCAUGAAAUCAGUAUGUGGCAUCUUGACCUGCCAGGCCUUAGAAUGACUGGAAUAUAGCAUGAAUUGUGUUGGACUUGAGAGUUACAAGUUUUGUCCUUCAUUUGUAUUGGGGGAUACAAGACUAUGUGGACUCUGCUGCUGCAUCCUGUCACUGACAUGCUUCCAGCUUUCCAUAGAUUUACACAGGGAGCUCUGAAAUCCCAAAUAAGUCUGCACUAUUGAUCCCCAGGAAGAAUUAAGAAAAAAGGCACUUCAGAAUGGAUUCAGGGAGUCUCCACUGACACUGUUUUUGUUGCUUUUUGUUCGUUUGUUUGUUUGAAAAUAAUGGCCUGUGACCAAUUUGAUCCCCAAAAAUAACUGCUUUUAGUUUUAAGAAUUUAUAGACUGUAAGUUUUAUAAACCUGUUUAAUAGAUUGAGAAUGAUCCAUCCCAAGUUUAGCACAUUUGUCAAGUAGAUAUCACCUGGUGAGUUAAGCAUUUGUUCCUAGGGAACCUAGAAAUACUUAACUUGAGUUGGAUGAAACUCAAAGUGUGUAUUCUAAGCUUUGGUUUUGUUUUUAUGCAGGUCUGACAGAAAAUGUAUCUUCACGGGUAAAAAUAUUUUAUUAAAUUUUAAAAGAAAUUUUAAAAAGAAAAAUGUUUCUACGUGACUAUAUAUUGUAUUGAUGAGUAUUCUGUUAGUAUGUAUUUAAUAUA